UCUUCGUUUCGCGAGCGCGCGCGCGCCGGAUGCGAAUCAGGAUUUGAAGGAGGAGACUAAAAGAAACGAUCAAACACACACACACAAGUGCUAAGGGGGGCAAAACAGGAGUGCCCGAGGCCGUGGCCCGCGAAAGGUGAAUCAAAGGUAAACAACGCAGCGCGCGAUCGUCUGUCACGAUCACCGUCGCCUGUGAGAGUCCACAAAACGUGGUUCGGUGCGUUGCCGAUGGAUUCAAGUGGAUGGUGCUAACUGGGUUACUAAAAGUAGUCACGACGUCAUGUGUCACGUUCUCGUCCUGGAUGUUGAAGAGUUGGCUUCGCGUGGUGCUGUCAAGAAAGUAAUGAAGUGAGUGAUCCUCCAGCAGAGGUUAGUGAUCUCCCAGAAGGGAAGAAAAAAACAUCUAGUGUGGGGAGGAAAGUGCACCAUGGACCCGCUCUCGAAUCGCAAUCGAAAGAACAUACUGUCGCUGAACCACGGUACCUGGGCCGUCCCUCCAGUAGUAACCGGUAUGGCGACCGCCCAGGUGCAUCGUCACCUGCCACGCGACGCAGCCGCCGGUGGACAGCAGCUGCAAAUGUUGCCCAACCACCAGCAAUCCCAGCAUCAGCAGCAGCAGCAAUUGGCACAGCCACAACAUCCUGCGAUGGCCGUGUUUGGGCAGCCGCAGGACAGCCAUCGCCGAGGCAGCCAGCAUCACCAGCACCAACAUCUCGACGGUCUGCCGAAAGCGUUCGUGGCCGCGAUGCGCACACUGUUCGACAUUAUGGACGACCGGAAAACUGGUUUGGUGCGGCUGGCCGACAUCGAGGACCGCUGGCUGGACGACGGCUCGAAGGGGAUGCCUAGCGGCGUAAUUGAUAGUCUGCGCAAGGUGACGCCCCCGAACGGGUUGCUUUCGUUCGAGCGCUUCUGCGGCGGCCUCAAGAUGUGCCUGGUCCGCAAUCAGCCCCUGCCCGGAGUUCCUACCGCCGUACCCUCACCGUCGCUUUCGCCACCACACUCUGCCGUGUCGUCGCCGGCCGACGGGAAACCGUCGAUGGCCGCCACGCUGGGGAAACUGUCGCUUUCGUCGCGACCCCCAUCGGCACCGCUACUCGAUCUGGACGGUGCAGGCGGGGCGGGCCACGGGCACGGUCUAGGACUGCCGAAGGUUUCCCUCGGACCACCGUGGAGUUCCGGCAAUACCUCGGGGGUGGCCACGGGGCUCAAUACGGCGACGGUGCGGCCCAACAAUGCGAUGCCGGCCCAGAAGACGCUCAGUAUGCCGCAGCUGCUCAGCCCGGACGAUGAUCUCGAGCCUCCGCCGAUCAUACUGCCCGGAGCGUAUGGGCCACCGAAGCCACCGCGCGUUUCGCUGAACCUCGAGCGUGCCCAGCAGAAGCAACAGCAACAGCAGCAGCAGCAGCAGCCACACCACCAACACCAUAAUCAUGUCACGCCUGGUUCGGGCAUCGAUAAGGCGGAAAUCCGGAACGCACUGCAGAACUGGCAAAUGUCGCUGCUGAUGGGGGAAGCGAACGAGAAGCAGGGAGGCGGCCCGGUGGAGAAGGGUCACGGACUGCGCUCGCUAACGGCGACCGGGCGCGGGUCUGCCGAUGGCCAAACGGAUCUGUCGACCUCAUCGCCAUCGUUGCAGUCGAUCAAUCAGCUCGACGGAUCCCUGGCACGCUCCGGCGUUCUGCCUGGUGCGAUGUAUCCGAAGAAGACCGCCGCUGGUGGGUCCGCAGGCGGCGGCGGUGGCCGGCGCCGUGAGCCGAGACGCCACACGCUGCAGAACGGCGUGGACUACAACAUGCUCAAGCGCCUGAAGCAGAUCGAACAGGAGAAGGACAUUCUGGUGCAGGGCCUGACGGCGAUCGAGCAGACGCGCGACUGGUACCUGAAGCAGCUGGCCACGGUACAGGAGAAGAUCCGGUAUCUCGGUCGUCCCGGUUCGCACAUGGAAACAUGGACCGAAACACAGCAGGAACGGCUGGACCUGCAGCGAGCCCGCGUGCUGGAGGUGAACCGGCACCUAAUGAUGCUGGCCGAAAGCUGGGAGCGUGGUGGGUUUCCGAUGCACAUGAACCUGGCACUGCGACCCUUGCCGGGGGCCCACGGAUCACCGUACCAGCUCCACCAUCAUCCGUCGCACCAGCGUCGUACCCAGGCGCAAGCGUCCCCGGCGGCAGUACCACCGGCUGUGCCUCCGCCACCAUCCGCGGCCAGUUACCAACCGUUACCGUCGGCCACGCAGCAGCAGCAGCAUCAUCACCAUCACCACCACGCUCACCAGCCUGGAGCGGAAGUGGUGAACCACCUCAAGCAGCAAAACCACCAACUGGUCGAGGAGGUUAACCAGAAGAACGAAAAACUGUCCCUGCUGGAGCGGGAAAAGGCAGCUCUCAUACGGGAGCUGCUACAGUUGCAGCGCGCCAAUCGGGCGGCCAGUAUGAUAUCGAACACGGAAGAGGAGAUGGUGUUCUAGCGUCGGCCGCCACACCACGGCUGGAAGCACUUUGACUCGGAAUCGGGUGCCAUUUGUUGCGGUGCCCUCGGGAGGGCACAUUUCGGAACAGCAUUACAGAUUUCCUUCAUAACGCUAGUCAAGCAGUGUU